CGUGUUCCGUUUUGUUCAGGAAGAUGGGUCAAAGUGAGGUGGGGAUGGGUAGCUAAUCAUUUAGCUGUAGCUAGAUAGCUGGAUAGCGAGGUAUCGAGAAGAGACAGUAUCUAGAGGAGUCAGUUAUUUAUAUUUUUUGUGGCACAACCCAAAAGUUAACCCUUUAACAUCAAGAAUGGACAUAAGUUAACAAUGACGGGGGAGAAAAAGAAGAAAAAGCGGCUGAACCGCAGCAUUCUUCUGGCCAAGAAAAUUAUCAUAAAAGAUGGAGGCAGUCCUCAGGGGAUCGGAGAGCCCAGUGUCUACCAUGCCGUGGUGGUCAUCUUCCUGGAGUUUUUCGCCUGGGGCCUACUCACCACCCCCAUGCUCACGGUGUUGCACGAAACAUUCCCCCAGCACACAUUCCUGAUGAAUGGGCUCAUUCACGGUGUUAAGGGCCUGCUGUCGUUCCUGAGCGCCCCCCUCAUAGGGGCUCUGUCAGACGUCUGGGGCCGCAAGUCCUUCCUGCUACUAACGGUGUUCUUCACCUGCGCACCCAUCCCUCUGAUGAAGAUCAGCCCAUGGUGGUACUUUGCUGUCAUCUCCAUGUCUGGCGUGUUCGCCGUCACCUUCUCCGUCAUCUUUGCGUACGUGGCUGACAUCACGCAGGAGCACGAGAGGAGCACCGCCUACGGCCUGGUCUCUGCCACGUUCGCCGCCAGCCUGGUGACCAGCCCAGCCAUCGGCGCCUACCUGUCGGUGACGUACGGGGACACCCUGGUCGUGAUCCUGGCCACCGCCAUCGCCCUGCUGGACAUCUGCUUCAUCCUGGUGGCCGUGCCCGAGUCGCUGCCGGAGAAGAUGAGGCCGGCCUCCUGGGGGGCGCCCAUCUCCUGGGAGCAGGCGGACCCCUUCGCCUCUCUGCGUAAGGUGGGCCAGGACUCCACAGUGCUGCUCAUCUGUAUUACAGUGUUCCUGUCCUACCUGCCAGAGGCAGGGCAGUACUCCAGCUUCUUCCUCUAUCUCCGACAGGUCAUAGGGUUCUCUUCUGAGACGGUCGCUGCCUUCAUAGCUGUGGUGGGAAUCCUCUCCAUACUAGCCCAGACGGUGGUGCUGGGGAUCCUGAUGCGCUCCAUAGGGAACAAGAACACUAUCCUGCUGGGUCUGGGCUUCCAGAUCCUGCAGUUGGCCUGGUACGGCUUUGGUUCUCAGCCCUGGAUGAUGUGGGCUGCAGGCGCGGUGGCAGCCAUGUCCAGCAUCACCUUCCCUGCCAUCAGCGCCAUCGUGUCCCGCAACGCAGACCCCGACCAGCAGGGCGUGGUCCAGGGGAUGAUCACAGGGAUCCGGGGCCUGUGUAACGGCCUGGGCCCGGCCCUCUACGGCUUCGUCUUCUACCUGUUCCACGUGGAGCUCACCGAUCUGGACGCCGUCGACGGCGCCGACAAGGGCUCCAAGCCCAACAUGGCCAACCCCACUGACGAGAGUGCCAUCAUUCCGGGCCCUCCAUUCUUGUUCGGCGCCUGUUCCGUGCUGCUGUCCCUACUGGUGGCGCUCUUCAUCCCGGAGCACACGGGGCCCGGGGCCCGGCCGGGGGCCUACAAGAAGCACAACAACGGGGCCCAGAGCCACUCCCACAGCCCCCAGGGCAGCGGGACGGAGGGCAAGGAGCCCCUCCUGGAGGACAGCAGCGUAUAACCCCAGCCUCCAGGGGGGAGGAGGAGGAGGAGCCGGGAGGACACACACCACCUGCCACCCAGACUACCAACCCCCCCACCCACAGUGGACAGAUACAUGUAUUUAUACAUACACACGCACGCGCGCAUGCAUAGAUUCACUCGCACCGUGAUGUCCUCUGACAUCUCCGAGUGCCGGGAAGGUGUGUGUUUGUGUAUGCGUGUGUUUGUGUAUAUGUGUGGGUGCGUCGCGCCCGCAGCACAAUGUGGGCCGUCUCUCCGCACGCACACCCCCUUUGUCAAAGCGAGGUGGCGUGACAGGGCUGCUAGGGGCGGCUUGGGAGAGGGAAAGAGAGUGUGUGUGUGUGUGUGAGAGUGUUUAUUUGGGACUGCUGUGGAGGCGUGUGGGGGGAGGGGGUUGGAGUACCUUGGUUAAGCCGGACUCUGGGAGGCAGGACGGGGGACAGAAGACACGACGGCUUUCACCCCGACCCACCCUGCUUUGCAGCGCCACUACACCCACACUUGGUUUUGGGGUGAGGAUGAGCUAAGACUCAUGUGAUGGUUACAAAGCCCCCCCCCCCUGUGGGAUUCUGUUUCCUCUUUAGCACCCGUGCGGUGACGCCGGCGAUGUUCCUCGUUCCAAAGAGACGCGACAACGGUUGAUAUGUAACUCGAGCUCUCCUGUAAUGACCCCUUUCACAAGCUAACUUCUCGUUGUGAUACUUUUGUUGUUGUGCGUGGUUUCUGUCCUGGGUUAUGGGAAGAAGGGAAUGCAGGUCUUCCUAUGAUGUAGAGCUACGAGGAGUCUCUCCUUUGGCAUAACCUAUCUCGGAGGGGCCACACCAAUUACCCACGGGGACAGUACUGAAUAACACACAGAACGUUUUUACAGAGGGACUUCAGUCUACUUGAAAGGAUCCACUCAUCCCCCUCCCUCUACGGAGAGAGGAACGUGUAAAAGAAAGACCACUUUGUUUGAGACAUUUCCGAUGUUUACCUGCCAUUCAUUAGCUCCGAAGUAUAGUUUGGGCUGUAAUUAUUUUUUUUCACACUGAAGGCUAGUUGUGCUUAUCAAGUUGUAAUUAAAGACAAAUGUUGCCUUGAAGUGACUUCAUAUUGAUAUAUAAAUCUAUUACGUAACCUGUAUGAAGACUGGGGUCUGAGUAAGGUCUGUAAUCUUUGCUAUCGCUCCCAUCGGAGCCUCGACACCUUUUCUCUUUUUUUGCCCUCAUACCCCCCCCCCCCCCGCCUUCUGCCCUUCUUGGUAAAUUUGGCACAGCUUUAUUUAAAAGGACAGCUGGCAGGAUUCUAGUUCAUUUAACUUCCCUAUGGGCCGCUUUGACUCUAGUUUUUUUUGUUUUGUUAUCAAUGUGAGCACUGAUGUUGUUGUUAGGCCGUCUUUGGAAAAUAUCAUUAGAUUCAAUGAGAUGAAAUAUCACUUGUGCUGCUGCAGUAGGAAUUUAAAGGUUAUGUUUGAUGUGGUAUGAUAGACAAAGACUGCAAAAGUGGUAUCUGGAUUUAGACUGUAAACCAAUGUAAGCGUUCUCUGAUAGUUUUGCUCCAGUACAGGUUGGUAGAAGGCGCUUGACAUUUUUGGAGCAAUGAUGUUUGGAGACGGCAAAGGAUUUUCCAAUACUUUAUUACUGGAAAAUCUUUGCUGUUGUUCUUUUGAAAGAUUUCUUUUUCUAAAUGAGCCUCAAGUGCAUUGAAAUAACCAAAUCACACACUCAAAUGAAUUAAACCUUUGGUUUCAAACUGUAACAUUUAUCAUUUAUUAGUUUGAAUUGUAUAUUUUGUGCCAAAUGUUUUUUUUUUAUGUUUCUUAUUAUUUGCGAUUGCUUUGGGUUUGUUUGUUUUAUUUUAAGUUUCAGUUUUUCUUAAGUUUGGCAGACAAUUUAAGUUCAAGUGCUAUUUUUAUAGUUUAUUUUAAUAAUUGGUCCAAUUGUUUUUAGGAUUCCUUCAACAUUGUGACUAGUUUGGAAAUGAAUGUCCAGCAUUUUACUGUUCUCAGAGUCCAUCUCUGGUUCAUUAUACAAUUCUUUGUCAUUACUUAAACUUACCCCCCAUGUUUAUACAGACUUCAAUAGAGGACAUUGAAUGUUCUGAAGUAAACUGUAAAGUUAAAAUAUUACUUUAUCCUGCUAUACCCCAAAGUCUUUGGCCAAUAUUAUUAUUCUAUUGUUCAUGUAUGGUGGGUUAGCCAACUUGAGGCCAUUACAACUUAUUUAGAUUCUAAUUGUUUAUUUAAAUACAUUGGACCAACCCAUAAAACAACAAUUGAUAUCCUGGUAAGAUUCUGCACCAGCCCCUUCUGCACACCAACAGUUCACAUGCAAACGGAAGUCUGUGCUUUGCUGUAAAUGUACAAGCCCACCAUGUACGUACAGUCAAUGUAUAUAGGCCUAUGUAUGUUUAAAGGACAUGGCCACCUAGAGGCUUACUGGAUAGUUUGGUGCAACUACAUUUGUCUGACUCUCCUGCUAGCCACUCCUGUUUUAGUAUGAUGUGGUCUGUGCCCUGAGUCCCUCUCUGUGUGCCUAAAUUAGCCAAGAAAUAAAUAGGGCAACCUGAGUUACAUGGUGGAUAUAAUGUAAAUACGGGAAACUAAUGACAAACUAUUUAUUAAAGGUUUAUUGUACAUUGA